CAGCCGAGGUGCUGGAGGAAAGGAUGGUUGAAAUAUAGCCCUUGGUCAGACGUGACCGGUGACAGGCGGUGGGCUGGGAAGUGGGGGCUGGGUCACUGCUGGAAUGGGCUGUAGGAGUGGAGUGGUGUCUGCGGACACUGGCUUAGGACUAGCAAAAAUGGCACAAGAGGUGGGAUGGUUCAUGGAAGGAGGGGAGGCAUUUUUGGAAAGAGGGCACUAUUAAAGGCAGGGGGUGUUGAGACAGACAGCAGACUGUUUGGGAGCAAAGAGUCACACAAUUUGAAGAGAGGAGAUUGAUCAGGAUGCCAGAGCCAGUCAAAAAACCAAUUUCAGCAUUUGCCAGGAAACCAAAGACUCAGGAGGCAGAAGAGGGGUCCUCUGUGAUCUUUGAGGCAGAGACCGAAAAGCCAGAUGCUAAAGUAAAAUGGCAGUGCAACUCAAAGGACAUUGCCAGCGACAGCAAAUACAUUAUUGCAGCCGACGGGAACAAGCACUCACUCACUAUUAAAGUUAUUACCAAAGAAGACGCCAGUGUCUACGCAGUGAUCGCUGGGGGCUCAAAGGUCAAAUUUGAAUUGAAGGUGGUGUCUCAACCAGCUGAGGCCCCUGCUGAUGGAAAACCAGAACAAGCCCCUUCUCAGCCUGCAGUAGCCCCAGUACAAGAAGAAACUCCUGCCCCAGCACAAGCUGAGGAUGCACAUCCUCCAGACACCAGACAGGACCUGACUGGACUCUUCACAGAGAAACCUCAGAGUGGAGAAGUCACUGUAGGUGAAAACAUCACUUUUGUGGCUAAAGUGAACGCUGAGUCGCUGCUGAAGAAACCCACGGUCAAAUGGUUCAAAGGGAAGUGGAUGGACCUUGCCAGCAAGUCUGGAAAACACCUGCAACUGAAGGAGACAUAUGACCGCAACACCAAGGUCUACACAUUUGAGAUGCACAUCAUUGCUGCCAAGGCUAACUUUGCUGGAGGUUAUAGAUGUGAGGUUUCAUCCAAGGAUAAGUUUGACAGCUGCAACUUUGACCUCACUGUUCAUGAGGCUCGUGCUCCAGAGGGCCUGGAUAUAAGAGCAGCUUUCAGACGCACGAGUGAAGGCGGUAAGAAGAGAAGUGGACCAGGAGCAAGUAGCACAGACGGAAAUGAUGACUCAGGAGAGCUGGACUUCAGUACUCUAUUAAAAAAGAGAGACAGUUUCUUAAAACCCUCAAAUCGAACCGUGCAGGUGCACACAGAGACCGAUGUGGAUGUGUGGAACAUCCUCAGCCAGGCUCCUCCUACUGAAUAUGAAAAGAUUGCUUUUCAGUACGGAAUCACCGACCUGAGGGGCAUGCUCAAGAGGCUGAAGAAGAUGAAGAAAGAUGAAAAGAAAAGUGAAGCUUUCCUCAAAAAGCUGGAUCCUGCCUACCAAGUGUCAAAGGGCCACAAAAUAAAACUGGCUGUUGAGGUUGCCAAUUCAGAUAUUGAGGUGAAGUGGCUGAAAAACGGGCAAGAAAUUCAACCAACUGGAAGCAAGUACAUAUUUGAGAGUGUUGGCAACAUGCGGUACCUCACCAUCAACCACUGCUCCCUGGCAGAUGAUGCAGCGUAUUCCUGUAAAGUGGGAGAUGAGAAGUGCACCACUGAGCUCUUUGUUAAAGAGCCUCCUGUCCUGGUAGUGAAAAAUCUGGAGGAUCAGAUGGUCAUGAAGGGUGAGCGGGUGGAGUUAGAGUGUGAAGUCUCAGAGGAAGGAGCAAAUGUUAAAUGGGAGAAAGAUGGUGUGGAGCUGACAAGAGACGAAUCUUUCAAGUAUCGCUUCAAGAAAGACGGCUGCAAGCAUGUGCUGAUCAUUAACGAGGCCACCAAAGAAGACUGUGGCCACUACAAGGUUAAAACAAACGGUGGCGAAUCUGUGGCAGAAGUCCUGGUGCAGGAGAAAGAGCUGGAAGUCUACCAGAGCAUCGCAGACCUCACAGUGAAGGCAAAAGAUCAGGCGGUUUUCAAGUGCGAGGUGUCAGAUGAGAACGUGAGGGGAACCUGGUACAAGAAUGGCGUCGAAGUCAAGCCUGAUGCCAGAGUGAACAUCGCGCAUAUUGGCAGGAUCCACAAACUGACCAUUGAUGACGUCAAACCGGAGGAUGAGGGGGACUACACAUUUGUGCCAGAUGGCUAUGCUUUCAACCUCUCUGCUAAACUAAAUUUCUUGGAGGUGAAGAUUGAUUAUGUGCCACGCCAAGAUCCUCCUAAGAUCCACUUAGACUGUAUGGGUCGCACCGCCGAGUCAACCAUUGUGGUGGUGGCUGGCAACAAACUACGUCUGGACGUCCCCAUCACUGGAGACCCAGCUCCAACAGUGAUCUGGACCAAAGGAGAAAAGGCUAGUUCUGUAAAACCCGGUGGAGAUGACAAAGGAGGGCAUACAACCUCUUGGACCACGAAGGAUGGGGAAGUCGUCACAGAGGGAGAUGGUAGGGUCCAUGUGGAAACCACCAAGGGCCACUGCGUCUUCACUAUUGAGUGUGCUGAAAGGCAGGAUGAGGGAAUCUACUCUGUUGUGGUUCGAAACCCUGCUGGGGAAGAUACAGCAGAUAUCCACGUGAAAGUUGUCGAUGUUCCUGAUCCUCCCAUGGCUCCCACAAUCCUCAGUGUGGGUGAAGAUUCCUGUGUCGUUCAAUGGGAACCCCCUCUGUUGGACGGUGGCCAGCCAAUAAUUGGGUAUGUGCUGGAGAGAAAGAAGCUGAAGAGCUACAGGUGGAUGAGACUCAACUUUGACCCCUACCCUGAAACCACCUAUGAAGCCAAGCGUAUGAUAGAAGGUGUGCCGUAUGAGAUGCGAGUCUAUGCUGUGAACAGCAUUGGUAUGUCUCGUCACAGUCCAGCCUCUCAGCCAUUUGUGCCAAUCGCUCCUACAAGCGAGCCCCUUGGACUGUGCGUCGACGACGUCAGUGACACUUCUAUCACGUUGAAGUGGCGGCGGCCUGAGAGAAUUGGCUCAGCUGACCUUGAGGGCUAUGGGAUUGAGUACUGCAAGGAGGGCACUGAUGAAUGGAUACCAGCAAUGGAGGGUCUGACAGAGAGGACGUCGACGGUGAUCAAAGGCCUCACCACCGGAGACAAGCUGCAGUUCCGUGUGCGAGCCUACAACAUGGCGGGACCAAGUGCUCCCGCCACUCUGGCUCAGCCCGUCACCAUCAGAGAGAUUAUGCAACGCCCUAAAAUUUGGCUUCCCAGAAAUCUCCGUCAGACUCUUAUCAAGAAAGUUGGAGACACCAUGAACAUCGUGAUUCCAUUUCAGGGGAAACCCAGGCCAAAAGUCACAUGGAGCAAAGAUGGGGAGCCCCUAGAUCCCACAAUAGCUAGUGUUAGGAACAGUGAAGUUGACACGAUAUUCUUCAUCCGCAAAACAGAGAGAAAACAUUCUGGGAAGUAUGAGCUCCAGGUGCAGAUUGAAAACGUGGAGGACAAAGCAGCAGUAACACUGCAGGUCGUUGACCUCCCAGGCCCUCCUGAGGCUCUAAAGAUUGUUGAUACCUGGGGUUUUAAUGUGGCGCUUGAGUGGAAGCCUCCAAAGGACAACGGAAACUGUGAAAUAACCGGUUACACCAUUCAGAAAGCCGACAAGAAGACUAUGGAAUGGUAUACAGUCCAUGAUCAGUACCGGCGAACCCAUUGUGUUGUGUCCGACCUCAUCAUGGGGAAUGAGUACGUGUUCCGAGUCUUUUCCAUAAACCUUGUGGGCCUCAGCCCAGAGCCGUACUGCACAAAAGACAGUGUUUACAUUCAGAAAACAGGUAUCAUAUACAAGCCACCCAACUACAAGGAUCAUGACUUCACAGAGGCUCCCAAGUUUACACGCCCUUUGGUGGACCGUUCUGUCAUAGCAGGAUACAACGCCACCCUAAGCUGCGCCGUGCGAGGAAUACCAAAGCCCAAAGUAACAUGGUACAAAAACAAAAUGGACAUCUCAAAUGAAGCCAAGUAUAGGAUGAUCAGUAAGCAAGGUGUCCUGACGCUGGAGAUCCGUAAGCCCUGUCCAUUUGAUGGGGGGGUGUAUACGUGCAAAGCAGUCAACGACAGCGGUGAAGACACAGUGGAGUGUAAACUGGAGGUUCGCCCUCAAAUUACUAGAGAAGAUAAGAAGGAGCCCAAGAAGGAAAAAAUUCAAGAAGCCAACUGAAGAGAAGAUGGCAUCUCAGAGUUCAGCUCCACAUCCUUUUUAUGUUUAUGUGCUGCUUUCCUCUCCUGCAGUCAUCUCACAUCAUGUUAUCCUCACUGUUAUAUUAGUGUCAUGUAAACCACUGGAUGACAGAAGUGAAUGGGGCUCACUGAAUUUGCUGUUCCUUUAUUUUCAUUUUGCUAUAAGUAUUUAAUAUUAAUUAUCCCAAACAAUGAUCUUUAUUUCAGUCCAGUUCUUGGUAUUGAUAACAGAGAUAACAGUGUUUAGUAAAUAGUAUCAAUAUUUAGGAAACUACUGUCUGAUUUGCUGCUUGUCUGGGCUGAUUUGUGUGCAUAAAAAUUACUUGAAAACAGAAUUACUAAGUGAUUUUUUUUUCAGUCAUGUAGUGUACAGAGCUGUGAGGACUAUGUAUUUGCUGUCUUUCUACUUUUUAAUUUUUUUUCACAUUUACAUUUAAGAUCAUCAAAGUUUACACAAUAUUGGAUAAAAAUAACCUGAGUAAAUUCAAAACAGACUUACAACCACCGUGUUAAAUCAUGAAUUAACUAUAAUUAAUCACACAAGAAAAAUAAACUACAGACCUCAGUCCUCAGUUAAGGUCUGAGUUCUUGAUUCAACAAUAUGAAAGGGAAAAAAUCACAUCUAUAGAGGAGCUCCAAGGAGAAAACCACUGCUGACCAAAAGGAAUACAAAGACUCAUCUUAAAUUUGCCAAAAGACCUCUUGUUGAUCCCCAAGACUUUUGGGGAAAUAUUCUGUGGACUGAUGAGACAAAAGCUGAACUUUAUGGAAAGUUUGAGUCCCGUUACAUCUUGCAUUAAAACUUCAUAGAAAGAACAUCAACAGUAAAACAUGGUGGUGGUAGUAUGAUGUUCUGGGGCUGCUUCGCUGCUUCAGGACCUGGACAAAUUGCCAUAGUUGAUGAAACCAUGAAUUCUGCUCUCUAACAGUAAAGGAGAACAUCCGCAGGUAAAGAGUACUUGACUUAUGCAGCAGGACAAUGAUUAGAAACACACCAGCAAGUCCACCUCUGCAUGGCAUGAAUGCAGGUGUUGGAUUGGCCUAGUCAAUCUCUGGACUUAAAUCCAACAGACUUGUUUUUGCAUGACCUUAAACAGGCUGUUCAUGCUCAAAAACCCUCUGAAUUAAAGCAAUUCUACAGAGAAGAGUGGGCCAAAAUUCAUCCACAGUAAUGUGAAAUAUAAAAAAAAAACUAAGAAAUCAAGAAGUGUACUGUAUAUGUAGGUGGUAUUACAUUAUAGUGCAGCAAGGAUUUUUUGAAAACUCCCAAAGCCUGCCACUGAUACUCAGAAGUCUGGUGCAAUUGAUAUGAGUUUCUGAGAGCUUAGUUUUAUUGUAACAAAGCCUUUUUAAAGCCAGAGCUGUAAGGCAUGUGCCUGAACUAUGUGAAGGGCUAGAAUAGCCGGGAUGUGAUUAAAUGUAGAGUAGAGCACACUCUGGCUUUGCUCCAUAGUGGGCUCCUGUAAGAUCACUCAACAGUUAUUUCUUUGAUGCCUUGAAUGUAAAUAUUUCCCGUGCCCUUUCAGCGUACAGCUGCAAAAGAUCCAGAGAGCCUUGUACGUGUCACAGGGUCACCUGGAACUUACUUGAUAAAUGCUUUAGAGCAUCUCUGUUUUUUGCAAGGUGUUUUGACAUUGGUGCCAUGUUCAGAUGUCUAAGUAUGUCUACGUAUUUCCAAACCUGCUGAACUGCUGGGAUUUUUCCAUACAACCAUCUCCAGGUUUUACAGAUGAUAGACAGAAAAUGAAAAAGUAUCCAGUGUGUGGCAGUUCUCUGGGUAAAAAUGCGGUCAGAGAAGAAUGGCCAGACUGCUUUGAACUAACAGAAAGGAAACAAUAAUUCACAUAAACAUCUGUUGCAAUUCAGGUAUGCAGAAAAACAUCUCUGAAUUCACAGCACAUCAAACUUUGAAGCGAAUAGGCUACAGCAGCAGAAGACCACACCAGGUUCACCAAAAUUGGACUGGAAUACUGGAAAAAUACUGCCUGGUUUAAUGAGUCUCUAUUUUUACUGCCACAUUCAGAUCAUUGUGUGCUAACAAGAUAAAAGCAUGGAUCCAUCUUGCCUUGUAUCAGUGGUUUAGGCUGGUUUUGUAUUAGUGUGGGGACAGUUUCAGGGAAUGUAGCAUCUUCUGAUGGCUACACUGUGGUUGCAAAGGAACGGACAUGGUCAUGUCACAACGCUCAAACCCUCCAAGGGUUAUAUAAAUUAAAUAAAAACAAAUACAGCACCUCUGAGAUUUGGUCGAAUGUGAGACUUGCAUCAUGGAUGAGCAGCAACUGUGACACUAUCAUGCCAGUAAGGACCAAAAAUCUCUGAGGAAUGUUUCUGUGUCUUGAAGAAUUAAGGCGGUUCUGAGAGCAAUAGUGGGUCCAACUAUAGAGAGAAUAGAGGAUAAAUGUGACUAUCUUGACUUUAACCUUUGUUGCAAAACAAUGAAUGUGCUGAGGAAGGGUGGGUCUAGCUUUAAAACCUCAGUAACUCACUGGCUACUGACUAGUGACUGAUAUCUCUUUAGCCAAUGAGUAUGCGGUUUCAUACCACAUAUAAUCCACCAUUUUGAAAUAGAAUAUCUUGAAGAGUUACAAAACAGAAUUACAUUUCAUUCAGCAUGACCCAAAAUGGUUAAGUGAGUCCAUAAACUUAGCAAGAAAGUCUUCAGAGAGGUCAAGACAGAGAGCAAUUUUCCCAUAGACCUCUACAGGACCGGCAGUCUUUUUGCAGCCACAACUAUCGCCAUCUGGUGGCCUUCAGUGACACUGCAGGCAGUUUGAAGACACUUUCACAUUGGCUUCAUUUCUCCAUCCAAGAAGCCUUGUCCUGGUUUUAUACGCUUU